AUGCCCAUCCGAACAACCCCGGCAACACCCCAAACCCUAACCCCCCACUACCCAACCCCCACCCGCACCCUCGCAAACCCCUACCACGAACCAGCCCCAAUCCUCACCCUGAUCAACAAAUUGAAUCUAACCCCACAUAUCGAAGGUGGUUACUUCGCUGAGACAGAUCGCGACGAAAGAGAAAUAAUCCCACAGCAAACUUCUACCGAAUACCAAACAACAACACCACCAACACCCAAAACCAAAACCAAGGAUAAAAACAAGAAUGAAGAUGAUAUCCGCUCCCUUAGCACAACAGUCUUCUAUCUCCUCACUCCACAAUCUCCCAUCGGGGCAUUCCAUAGGAAUAGGAGUAGGACGGUGCAUACAUUGCAUAGGGGACGGGGAGUUUAUGUUCUCUUACGGAAGAAUCAUUCGCCUCACAAGGAAGGAAAGGGAAUGGAUGGGGAUAUAUCAAUCGAGACAUUCACCGUCGGACACGAUGUCACUCGUGGGGAAAAGUUACAGUGGAUUGUUGAGGGGGGAGAUUGGAAGGGUGCGUUUUUGAUUCCUGAUUCUGAUGGGGAAAGUGAGGGGUUGUUGGUUAGUGAGACUGUAAUUCCGGGAUUCGAAUUCGCAGACCAUGAGUUUUUGCAAAGGGAGGAGUUGAGGAACAUGCUGGAUGGGAGGGAGUUUGAGGAGGUGGAGUGGUUGUUGAGGGAUAAUUAUACGCAGGGGGGUGAUUUUCCUUGA